UUUACCCUUCCUCAUCAGAAAAUGUAUAAAACACCUGAAAAGCUGUUAAUCUCCUGUCGCCGCAAUUUAUGAAAAAUAAGCAAAGCUUACGAAGUGAGAAAUCGGUGCUAUGGAAAAUUGCUGUUCAGUUUCUAGAAUCUUCGACAAAUGCGCACACAUGGCGGACAAACAGUUCAUCGUUGCUCAUUUAUGCGGCGGCGCAAUUAUUGGAACUUUCCGGCGAAGAGUCGGUUCGAAUUGCGCCGGCUUAAAAUAACACGGUCCUUCACUGGAGCUGAUUCAAUAGAACAGAACCCAUCUGCUGGCGAUGUAGAGCUGUCAUUGGUGGUCUUUAAUGUGCACGAUUCCUACAGUGCUUGCAUGUUACAAAGAAGUGGCUGGACAAGGAACAUAGAUGUGUUUUUCCAGUGGCUAUCAGCUCUACCUUUCUCAGGUGGUGGUUUCAAUGAUGUUGCAGCUGCAGAAGGCCUUGCUUCAGCAUUAAUGAUGUUUUCUUCAUUCAAUGGAAGCCAACAAACUCAACAAAAUGCUGAUGGGCAAAGACAUUGCAUACUUGUUGCCGCAAGUAACCCUUAUCCAUUGCCUACACCAGUUUAUUAUCCAGCUAUGCUGAAUCUGGAGCAGAGUGGAAAUAUUGAAGCACAUACCAGUCUUCGACUAGCUGAUGCUGAGAUAGUUGCAAAGGCAUUUCCUCAGUGCUCUGUUUCCCUCUCUGUUAUAUGCCCAAGGAAGCUUCCGAAAUUAAGAGCAAUAUAUAAUGCGGGAAAACACGAUCCGCAAGCAGCUGACCCGCCUGUUGAUACGUCUAAGAAUCCGAAUUUUCUUGUAUUAAUUUCGGAAAAUUUCAGCAGGGAUUGUGCUGCUUUCAGUCACACUGAAAUGGAAAGUUUGGCGCCAAACCAGAGCCUGGUUGAAAUGGAUAUGACUUCUGUGCCUCCAAUUUCCGGGCCAGCUAAUUCAUCAGUUAUGAAUCAACAACCCAUUUCAGCUGGAAAUAUUCCUGCUGCACCGGUAAAUAUCGAGCCCGCCAUGGCGACCUCUGUUUGUAGUCCUGCACCUCCACAUAUUCCUAUUGCUCAUCCUACUUCUCAAGUUGCUGCAAGCUUGCAAAGUGGUUUACCUAUUUCUAUUUCAGAGGAGAUGGUUCCGAAUAAUGAGAAUACUAAGGAAACAACACCUAUUGUCAGUGUGAUGACACAGUCCUUAGGUCUUCCAUUUAGUGGUGCAGCUGCUAAUGUCGGAAUAUUGAAUGAAGUGGCUUCUGCUAUAUCUACUGCUCCAACUGUAUUAACAUCGGGGCAACUAGGUUUCACAUCAAUAUCUGGGUUUGCUCCAAUUGCCAGAACUGAUCAGAUAUCUCAAAACUUCGGUCCUGCAUCAUUAACUUUGAUGGCUCCCAGUAUAUUUGGGAAUUCUAACCUUUGCAUGUCCCAACCAUUGAGCAAUAUCCUAGGAGGCACUGGUGCAGGCAGUCAAACAGUACCUGUAAUGAGUCGAGGAAAUCUUCCCGGGUCUCAAAUGAUGCAAAGCGGGAUAGGCAUGCACCGGAAUGUGCCAACUGGAAUGCAUACUGGUAUGCCUUCGGGACAACUGUUGAGUAAUAUCCAAGGAGGCAUUGAUGCAGGCAGUCUAGCAGCACCUGUAAUGAGUCAAGGAAAUUUUUCUGGGUCUCAAAUGAUGCCAAGAGGGAUAGGCAUGCACCAGAAUGUGCCAAGUGGAAUGGGUAGUAGUAUGCCUUUGGAAAUUGGCAGAAUGAUGCCUACUCCAGGGAUGACUCAACAAGGACAGCCUGGAAUAUUGGCUCUUGGCAGGAAUAACAGUGCAGAAGCUAACAUGUCUCUAUCUCAGCAGCAAACAAUGGCUACAUCACCAUCAGCUCAGUCAGGUUACGUCAAAAUCUGGGAGACACAACUGUGCAAAUAUCACAUCCAAGUUUCAUCCAUCAAUAUCUGGGAGAAAUGUUCUUGUAAAGUCUGAAUUGAUGCUUUACUCUGACCCUAAUAUCCUGUUUCCACUUAACCAUUACAUGAAGUUGCUCCAUAGAUAAUUAUUUGACCAGUACUGAAUAAAA